GUCAUUUAUGUACAGUACCGUGUACAGUUAGGUGUGAAUAGCUUUCCCGUACAUAGUAAUGCUAUACAUAUAGAAACAAAACAAAACAUCCGCGUUCAUCGUCCGCAUGUGGCUGCAUCAUUUUUUAGGACUGUGUACCAUACAAACGUGCAUCGAUCCAGAACAGUGCUUCAUCGCAAUUUCAUCAAGAUGAACCCUUUAUCAUCAAAAUCAACUCGAGGACUUGGGAAACGAGCGUGAGGUCAAACAAAAAGAGGACCAGUUUCCUAUCGCCCAAGCCAGAUGACAAUACGAGGGUCUCGUUCAUAUUCAUCGGUCGUCCGUAAUUCUUCAACGUUAUUACAAUCCAGAGGUCAGAGAUAUCCAGUAAUUCCAUCAGCUUCUGGUUCUGGGCCAACUGGGCUUGCUAAUGGUGGAUCACCAGCAAGCGUUGUUACUCAGAAUACUCAAGGUCGAUUGAAUCCUGGGAAUCCAUCAACUUCUGCAUCAACCAGUGCUGCUAAUGGCAGCACACCACCAAUCGUUGCUCAGAAUCUUCCAGGUGAAAUGAAUCCUGGGAAUCCCUCAACUUCUGCCUUAACUAAUGCUGCUAAUGGUGGCACACCACCAAUUAUUAUUGCUCAAGGUCAUCAAGGUGGAUUGAAUCCAGUAAACUCAUCAGCUACCUCAACUAGUGCUGCUAAUGGUGGUACACCAAUUAUUAUUGCUCAAGGUCAUCAAGGUGGAUUGAAUCCUGGGAAUCCAUCAACUUCUGUUUCAACCAGUGCUGCUAAUGGUAACACACCACCAAUCGUUUUUGCUCACCAUCAUCAAGGUGUAGUGAAUCCAGUAAUUCCAUCAACUUCUGGCAGUGUACCUUCUUCAUGUACUGCACCUGCUCCAUUCACAUCAGCGGGUGCUCCAUCUACCAGUGCUUUUCAAGCCAUGAAAAAAAGACUCCGCCAAAUGGAAAAAAAAAACAAAGAAGCUGAUGAUUGACGAUCAACCGGUAUAAAAAAAUCCGGGAAAGAUUAAUCCUUCGGUUAAAAAAAAUCAGCAGGUACAAAUUCAACUGGUACCUGCCUAUCAGCCUGUAAUUCAAUACACUUGGCCGAAUUAUCAAUCAGGGCCCGGAUUUCAGAUCCCCGUGCCUUAGUAUCAUCAGACUUCUCUGUAUUACAUUCGCAACCAACCCCAAGUGCAAUUUGUUGCGCAGUGCCAAGGAGUUCCAUUUCAAGUAUCACCUCAGUUACCCCCUUUUUAGGAAAAAAUCUUAAUUUUUAUUUUUCAAUAUUUAUAUAGAUUCAAUCCGAACAAACAAUUAUAUGAAAGUAUAAUAAAAAUAAAAACAAUAAUAAUGA